AUGACAGACUCGUCUCUCUUGGAAACAAGAAGUCAGCUGCCAAAUACUGGAUUUCGCUUUAUGACACCUGCCAAACUACUCGGAUCCCUUGUUGGAAUUUUUGUCAUAUCUACAAUUGUGUUCAGUACACUUUAUGGCGUCGAGAAAACCAGAAAAAUAACAACAACAGUAGAAAGAGCUUUACCAUUCACAACAACUACAAACGAUGUAUGCUUGACCCCGUAUUGUGUUAAAGCAGCCAACUAUCUACUUGAAAGUAUUGAUGAAACUGUCGAACCGUGCGAAGAUUUUUUCCAUUUUUCCUGUGGAACAUGGAUUAAAAAUACAAGAAUACCAGAUGAUGUAAGCGCACAGAGUAAUUUCAAUUUGUUACGAACCCAAUUGGAUUAUAAUGUUGUCGAUCUCCUAUCAUCGCCGCCUGCGAAUGAUGCCAACGAGCCCAAAGCUGUUGUCAAUGCUCGUCGCUUUUACAAUUCCUGCAUAGAUGACACAGAAAUUGAGACUAAUGGUGUUAAUACUAUUCUUUUAUUGGUCAACACAGAAUUUGGUGGUUGGCCCAUACUUCAAGGUUCAUCAUGGGAUAAUUCAACAUUUGAUCUACCAGAUCUCUUGUUUCAAUUGCGAAAAUAUUACAGUAAUAUUAUCUACCGAGUAGACACAGCAGUCAAUGAAGAAAAUUCAACAGUGCACAACAUUGAAGUUGGACAAAGUAAUCUUGCACUAGGGCAAAAGCAAUACUAUGCCAGCGAGACCAAUGUCACGAUUGCUUAUCGACAGCUAAUACGCGAAUUGGCUAAUGCAUUAGGAAAUGACACAUCAAUGAUUGAUCAGGAUGUAAAUGAUAUAUUUGAGUUUGAAAAGAAUAUUGCAAAGUAUCAUUGGACAAAUGACGAACAACGAGCACGCUUUAAUGAAACUGUUCGAACUACAGUCGGCAAUCUAUCAUUCACAUUCAAUACCACAUUUGAUUUUACUGAUUAUGUUCGUCGUUGCUAUCUAUUAGGCAACGUGACUUUACAAGACACGGACAUUGUAGCCGUUAGUGAAGUCGAGUAUUUGAAUAAUAUAUCAUUGAUUCUUAAGCAAGCUUCACCACGCACCAUACAGAAUUACAUAGUUUGGCGUUUCAUAAUGGGCGCAACUUCACUAAUGUCACAACAGAUUCGAAAUAUCAGACAACGAUUCGAUCGAAUCUUUCAUGGUACGAAUGCCGAACGGCCACGUGACGUAGAAUGUGGAAGUUUGACCAAUGCUUAUAUGGGUUUUGCUGUCUCAAAACUCUACAUUAAAAAAUAUUUUGAUGAAAAUGCUCUCAAUGAGUCUAUUGAAAUGAUAAACAAUAUUCAAAAUACUUUUCUCGAAAUGCUCAAUGAAUCUACUUGGAUGGAUGCUGAAUCGAAAGUAAAAGCCAUCGAGAAGGCCAAAACUAUGAAUCAACAUAUCGGUUAUCCUGACUAUCUGGGUAGCGAUAAUAAUACAAAACUUGAAAACGAUUAUGCUGAGUACAACUUCAAUUCAUCCUACAUUAGAAACGCUCUCAAAAUACUUGAAAUAAAUGUCAAGAAAAGUUUUCAACUACUGCGAAAACCCGUCGACAAAAACGGAUGGGGUGACUACUCUGCACCCAGUGUUGUCAAUGCCUUUUAUGAACCAUCGAAAAAUCAAAUUAGUUUCCCAGCUGGUAUUUUACAAACUCCCUUCUUUAAUAAAGAUGCACCCAAGUAUCUCAAUUAUGGUGGUAUCGGGGUCAUUAUUGGGCACGAGAUUACACAUGGAUUUGAUGAUACUGGUCGGCAAUUCGACAAAGAUGGCAAUAGAAUUCCAUGGUGGACGGAUGAAACAAUCAAAAAGUUUAACGAGCGCAAAACAUGUAUUAUCAAUCAGUACAGCAACUAUACAGUGACACAGAUCAAUAUGAAAGGAGAUGGAAAUCUAACACAAGGCGAAGAUAUUGCUGACAAUGGUGGCCUUAGAGAAGCAUUUUUUGCUUAUCAAAAGUGGGCAGCAAACAAUAAGAAUGUUGACAACAGAUUACCUGGUCUUCAGAAAUAUUCUUCAGAACAAUUAUUCUUUAUCAACUAUGCUAAGAGUUGGUGUAUCAAGAUGACCAACGCUCAUGCACUUAAUCGACUUCGGACAGAUGUUCAUUCAUUGGGUCCAACCAGAGUGAUUGCUCCAACAUCAAAUUUCGAUCAAUUUGAUCGAGCAUUUGGGUGCACACCGGGCCAAGGAAAUAGUCGAAAAGACAAGUGUAUUGUAUGGUAG